CGUACGCAGAGAUUAUACAGCACUAUGCUUCGCCAGCGCAACACUGGCAGGGACGACGGCGGCGCUGUGCCGACGGAGUCUUCGUUCAGCACGCGCCAGAUUCUCAAGAAGGUGGAUGUGUACCCCAAACUCCAUCGAGAGUUCAAGGUUCAAACGGAGGCAGGUGCCACAGUGUCGCUGGUGGCGAUGGUGAUCAUGGCUAUUUUGUUCCUGUCGGAGCUACGAGACUUCUUGACCGUGAGCAAGCAUGAGCACAUGGUUGUGGACACGUCGACGACCGAGAAGCUUCAAAUUACGUUUGACAUCAGCUACCCCGCGUUGACGUGCCGUGAGGCGCACAUGAACGCGAUGGACGUCGCGGGGGAUCUCCAAGUGAACAUGCAUCACACCGUGUUCAAGACGCGCUUGGCGGCCGACGGCACUCCCAUCGGCAAAGCCAUGACCCACGUACCGAACGCCCACCCGGAAACGUUGGAGCCACUCCCGGCCGACUACUGCGGGAGCUGCUACGGCAACACGCAUCCUUCAGGGCUGACGUGCUGCAACACAUGCGACCAGGUGAAGGAAGCGUUCAUGACGAGCGACAAGACCUUGGACGACGCCGAGUCGACCGAGCAAUGUCUGCGGGAGCGCGGCAAAGAAGAAGUCGACUCCAAGAACGGCGAGGGCUGUCGCUUGCACGGUUCCAUGUUCGUCAACCGUGUAGCCGGCAACUUCCACGUCGGGUUGGGCCGCACGUUCCACCGCGAGGGCCGCCUCGUCCAUCAGUUUUUGCCAGGCCAGCAAUUCACGUACAAUUCCAGCCAUAUUAUCCACGAGUUGUAUUUCGGAGAGCCGUACCCUGGUAUGAAGGGACCGUUGGACAACGUGGCGAAAACCGCGGAUCGAGGUGCAAAGACAACGUUUAUCCCCCGUCGCUCGCGAUUCAAAUCGAGUGUUAACGGACGUUUGAAUCUUCUAUUGAUCCAGGUGGCGCGGUGUACCAGUAUUUUUUGAAAAUCGUGCCGACGAUUUACAACGACGGCGUGACCACCCGGUAUUCGAACCAGUUCUCGUACACGCAGCAAACACGAUUCUUGGACCCGUGGGGCACCAUGUCGGUGCUGCCAGGUGUAUUUUUCAUCUUCGAACUCUCGGCGUUCGUCGUGCAAGUGGACGCGACGUCCGUGCCCUUCACUCACUUUCUCAUGCGCGUCUGCGCCAUCGUCGGCGGCAUGGUGUCGAUUGCCGGGUUUGUGGACUCGCUCAUCUACCACUACUUUAAAAAGUCGCCGUCGACUUCCUCGGCCAAGUAGAGAUAUAUGGAAGACAUGCGACGGCAACAACCUCCACAUAAACAAAAAGUGUGCAUAACUGGACGAUAAAUUGAGACUUGGCGAGUGGUUUUCAU